UUUUGAUUAAUGGCCCAUUAGGUAGCAGCUCGCUAUGUAAGGCGGUAAAUUUUGAUAAGUGGUAUAUCUCACCCCAUGUGUAACUGAUGAAACGAGUGGUUGUUGGUAGGGUACAUAGGUACACACGAGUAAUAGCAGUGUUUAAAGCCUACUGUUUGCUUUGGCGAGAGUACUACAAUCUGACUACCAUUUUUGUCCGUGCAUGGUAGUAGUAGUAUAGCUCAGUCGGGACGGACCUGAGGUAGUCUCGUCAAACCUUGGCGAGCUUAGCAAUGUGUGCUACAUACUGUACCAAGCAGCGGAAUCGAUCGUUGGCGGCGAUGGCGGUGGAUCUGACCCCGAGGCAGCCGGCAAAGGCAUACAGGGGCGAGGGAGGCGCAUACUACGAGUGGAGCCCGGCCGAGCUGCCCAUGCCGGGCGUCGCCUCCAUCGGAGCCGCCAAGCUCUCGCUCGCCGCCGGCGGCAUGUCGCUCCCCAGCUACUCCGACUCCGCCAAGGUCGCCUACGUCCUCCAAGGUUGCAAGUAGCAUGGUCCUUAUACAACCUGAGGUAGAAGGCAAGGAAGAUUUGUAACAGACAAGUAGUGACGUAACUCUGUGAGUCAAAAGCUUUCUGAUGGACAGAGUACAAAGGGUACACCACAAGGGCGGAGGCGGAAGUUAGAUACACGCGCUAUCUAGAGGGAGAGAGGAGGGAGCGUUGGAGGAACCGAAUGAAGAUCAGUUUCAUCGCGAUUAUGCUCAUCGUGAUGACCGUAGCUCUCUUCUAUGUGAUGGUAGUUUAGAUGAUCGAUAUCGACUUGUAAUGUGAAGACAAACUCGCUACUCGCGGUCUCGAGACUUGUAAUGUUCUAACUUUGUUCGGUAUUUUAAAUUCGAAGACUAAUAUGAUGAAUUGUAUUCGGAGAC